UGGGCGGGGCCGCGCAGCCUCAGUGAGUGUUUGGGAGCGCGCAGUGAAGCCAUGGCCACCUACAUCCACGUCCCCCCGGCGGCUCCCGCCGUCCUCAAGCUGCAGCUCACGGUGGACGAACACGACUUGGGGGCCGGCGCCGUGAGGAUCAUCCGGGAGCUCAGGCCUCACUGGGACCCGGCGGAGGUCAAGCUCAAGCUCUUCACAGAUGGUAUUACAAACAAGCUUGUCGGUUGUUACGUUGGGGAUUCAUUUGAAGAUGUUGUCUUGGUGAGGGUAUAUGGCAACAAAACCGAGCUGCUUGUAGAUCGGGAAAAUGAGGUGAAGAGUUUUCGUGUCUUUCAUACUUAUGGUUGUGCACCUCGGCUGUACUGCACCUUUCAGAAUGGGCUGUGCUAUGAAUUUGUGGAAGGAACUGCACUAGAUCCGGAAGAUGUCAGAAGCCCGUCAAUUUUCAGACUCAUAGCAAGACAGCUGGCGAAGAUCCAUUCAAUUCAUGCACAUAAUGGUUGGCUUCCGAAACCAAAUUUAUGGUUGAAACUGGAAAAAUAUUUUGCCCUUGUUCCCACAGAGUUAACAGAUGUCCAUGCAAAUGCAAGGUUUCAAAUGGAAAUCCCAGGCCGUUGGGAGUUAGAACAAGAGCUAGCUUGGAUGAAGAAAUGUCUCUCUUCUCUUGGCUCACCGGUAGUGCUUUGUCACAAUGACUUGUUGUGUAAAAAUAUUAUCUACAAUGAAAAAGAAGGUCAUGUGAAGUUCAUUGAUUACGAAUAUGCAAGUUACAACUAUCAGGCAUUUGACAUUGGGAACCAUUUCAAUGAAUUUGCAGGUUUAAAUGAAGUAAACUACAGUUUAUAUCCAGAUAAAACUGUACAGAUGGAAUGGUUGAGAACCUAUCUUGAGGCACUCAAAGAGUACAAAAGUUUUUGUACGGAUAUAACUGAGAAGGAAAUUGAAGUACUCUACAUUCAGGUUAACUUUUUUUCAUUGGCUUCCCAUUUCUUUUGGGCACUAUGGGCACUAAUCCAGACAAAAUAUUCAACAAUUGAUUUUGACUUUUUGGGAUAUGCAAUUGUACGGCUCAAACAGUAUUUCAAAAUGAAGCCUGAAGUCCUGGCCUUGAAACUGCCUGAAUGAAUAAGCAAUUCACCUCUUACUGUUUCAAUGACCUUAACAUCCUGAAUUAAUCGGCCGCAUUCCAAGCACAGUGCUGUUGGAAUGACUGAAAUUAAUGAUUGCUUGCAUACUCUCACAAAAGCAAGUCGGGGUUCAAAUCUGCCUCGUCAGUGCUAUAACUUGCUAACAAUCGUCUUGUAUGCCGUUAACUCUUAUUUUGAGAUCUGAAGUUAAAUGAUUCUUUGAGAGAACUAUGAUUCUUCAUUUGUUUAUCCUCCACAUACCUUGAGAUAGAUCCAUGGAGCAACUGGAGCACAAAUCACCAAGUAAUGCUUUGCUCUAGAGAUUAUACUCCUGAUGUGAAGUCAUGUGAAAAUUGCACGAUCAUUCCCAAAUUUGUACUGCAUAAAACACCUGCUCAAAGUAGCCAAAGUCGAUUUUGUUUCAUCCCAAUGUCAUCGCAUUCGGUAUAAAAAGUGUAUUUUGCCUAUUAAAAGUUGCACUAAUACAUUUUUAUACCACACUUUGAGAGAUUCACCUUACACUUUCCUAUUUUAACCUAAUUUGAACAAGCCUUUGUUAUGGUCUGGUUAGAUGCAGUUUUUAUGAAUAUGGGAUUGGUGGAAGAACAUGAUUUUCACAAUAACAUCAGGGUAUAACAGUUCCUGAUGCCUUUAAACCCCGGAAAAAAAUGUCUCAUCUGGUUAGAAGAUGGGUAUAUCCUAAAGAUAAUGUGGAGGGCAAACUGCAUUGAAAGAACGAGAAAGACCACAUUGAAAAUAGUUCCAUCUUUUUUGGAGCCAUAUAAUUUACAAAAAAAAACCUUGCAGUGCACCAAGUGAUAGUAUUUUUUCGGUUUAUUGUGUGCAUAUAAAUACUUGCCAGAACAAUGUCUCUAGUUAUUAAUUUAUUAACCGCUCGAGAAGCAAGUGUAACUCGGCUGUGUUAGACUUUCAGUACGGCCCACAGCUCUUCUGGUUUUUAAUUUGAAUAAUUCAGAACACUUGUGCUUCCUCAGCCGACAAGUCAUGUCUCUAUCUGUUAAUUUGUUGCUAAUACUACAUACAUACAGUUGGAAUGGUUUCAAAAUCAGCAGAUUAAGAUCAAACAUAAAACUGUCUCUGGGAUUUUCACGUGUAGGUGGGAUGCAUGGAAAUCUCAGUUUGG